GUCGGUGAAGCUUCUUCUUCCUUAGUUCCCAACAGACCUCAGAUUCCCACCAUUUGCGGUUGCUCUUUUUUUUUUUUUAUCAAUAUCCGGCGAAGAUAUAGCUCUCAUCUGCCCAUUUUUAAACAAAAACCCAAAAUCAAAAUCUCCAUUAUUGAACUUGAAUCAAUCCCACUUUCCCCUGAAACCCCUCGUGACCAUUCACUCACACCCUCUUCUUCUUCCUCUUCUCUUAAAUUAGCUAUCUCCCCAAUCUUCCAUAUUUGACGCUUCCCUUGCUUCGCUGUAAAGGCUCUCUCUCCGCAUCGGAUCUGGGAUUUUCUCGCUUCCAUUUGAAGGGGGACGAGGGAAAGAAAGGAGGGAGCUUCGUGUUUAGAUAACCAUUAUUGGUUGGGGAAAGCGGUGCCAGAGCCGUGCAGAGCAAGGUAGACUGCAAUGAAUGAAGCUGUCUUCGAUUCGAUCGCAAGUUUUAAAAAUUAAAACUGGAAAGUGUUGUCUACUUGAUGAAGCUAGAUAUAUUUGUGGUCAAGUUUCACCUGUGAAGUCAAGUAUAUAUAGAGAAAAGGUGGUUUUGUGUGAUGGGUUGAGUAGGGAGAUUCAAAUUUGGGAUUAUUGGGAGCCUGGAGAGGGAAUUGAGAAUUUUGACUUGGGUUUUGUUGGUUGUUAUGGAUCAUAAGGGUCGGAGAGAUAAAGAUUUUGAAAUUGAUCUUGAAAGUGGGUUGGUAGUUAGUGAAGAGGAUUCAAGUGAUAGCUCGGUUUCAAGUGUCAAAAAACAGACAAAGACACUGCUGGCAAAGGUGUAUGGCGGCUUUUCAGAUGGAUCAGUUAAUACUGAAGAUAGGGUCGGUUUUUGUGGCAAUGGUUUCAACUCCAAUGGGGUCUGCCCGGAGAAUUUGAAGUUGGCAACAAACAAGACGGUGGAGGGAAAUGGUGGUAAGAAUCAUGAAGAGAAGACUCGGCAGAAAGAUAAGCGAAAAAAAACGAGCAAUAAAAAACCUCCUAAACCUCCCAGACCUCCAAGAGGCCCUUCUUUGGAUGCUGCUGACCAGAAGCUAAUUAAGGAGCUCUCUGAGAUUGCAAUGUGGAAACGUGCAAGGGUUGAGAGGAUGAAAGCCUUGAAGAAGAUGAAAGCUGCCAAGGCGUCAUCAUCCAACAGCAAUGUAUAUGCUAUGGUGUUCACGAUUCUCUUUUGCGUAGUGCUAAUCUUCCAAGGAAUUUCAUCUAGCAGAAGCUCAACUACAGGCUUUGAGGGAUCUCCUUUGUCUUCAGGAAGAAUGGAGGGUAGUUUGAUCUCGAUUCAGUUCUACCCAAAUCCGUCAUCAAAUGCCCUGAGUGGACCUCGUUUUGAGUCUCUGAAUAUGGUGGAGCAAGUUGCUGGUUCGGAUCAGCAGGAGAAGCUUAAAAGAUGGGCACGAUGAUAUACUAAUAUUGUUGCCUAGUCGUCUCUGCUGAAGAGCAAUUUUCGCUGAUGCUUUGGAUCAUGGAGGCCAUUGUUGCUUGCACAUUUUGUAUGCAUCUACUGACUGAUCAUGCCGGGUAGUUUAUCCCCUCCUUGUACAUUAAAAUGUAAAU